AUGGCGAGCUCCACGAAUAGCUUAAGGCGCUUAUAUGCGUCAUCGAAGAACUUCCCGAACACGGUUUUACCAUCAAUCGGCCGUCGUGAUUACGCUACGGCAUCCCAGGAGUCUGCCACUGCUGCACCUGCGGCUGUUCCCCGACGACGGACGACAACCUUCAAAGAUAAAUUGAACGCGGGCCCUUCCUUUGCAGAUUUUGUCUCUCGCGGCAAUGACGAUGAACCCCUUGACCCCUCCGAAGCGUAUGCGCUUAAAACCGCCAUGGUUGGACCGGCAGGCCGAAAGAAGGAGAUGACACGGCUCCCGUCUUGGUUGAAAACUCCGAUCCCCGAUUCAAAGAACUACCAACGUCUCAAGAAAGACCUGAGAGGCCUUAACUUGCAUACAGUCUGUGAGGAAGCGCGUUGUCCGAAUAUCUCCGAUUGUUGGGGGGGCAGUGAUAAGUCGGCAGCCACGGCCACGAUUAUGCUCAUGGGUGACACCUGUACUCGUGGAUGUCGUUUUUGCAGCGUCAAGACUUCGCGGAAACCGGCUCCGCUUGAUCCACAUGAGCCCGAAAACACGGCAGAGGCGAUUGCACGCUGGGGCCUCGGGUACGUUGUUUUGACGAGCGUCGACCGGGACGAUCUUGCAGAUGGUGGCGCCCAUCAUUUUGCGGAAACAGUGAUAAAGAUUAAACAGAAGGCGCCCAAUAUCCUUGUCGAAUGCUUGACGGGUGACUACUGGGGUGACCUGGAGAUGGUGAAGUUGGUGGCUCGCUCCGGCCUAGACGUCUAUGCGCACAAUGUUGAGACCGUCGAGGCUUUGACACCGCAUGUUCGGGACCGCCGCGCCACUUUCCAGCAAUCGAUUCGAGUCCUAGACGCCGCAAAACGUGCGAGCCCCUCGCUCAUCACCAAGACCUCGCUUAUGCUUGGUUUCGGGGAAACUGAUGAGCAGCUCUGGGAUGCCCUUCGCCAGCUCCGCGCGGUUAAUGUCGAUGUCGUCACCUUCGGCCAGUAUAUGCGUCCUACGAAGCGUCACAUGGCAGUUCAUGAAUACGUUACUCCCGACCGAUUUGAGCAGUGGCGUCAGCGAGCACUGGACAUGGGCUUCCUCUACUGUGCUUCCGGUCCUCUGGUACGAAGCAGUUACAAGGCAGGAGAAGCAUUCAUCGAGAACGUGUUGAAGAAGAGACGUGCCGCCGGGACAGCCGAGCAGAGGAUCGACAGCGCUAUCGUAGCCGAAGCUAGAGGCUGA